AUGGCUGUGUCCGACAAUCGAACUAUCAGGACGAAUCAUGCUGCUGCCACGAUGCCGCUUCAGCGACUCGACCAUCGACAUCUCUCGGCCCCGAAACCAGGGCGCCUUUCCCUCUCAACACAAGCAACCAGCCCUUCCACUGAUAAAACAGCUUCCAAACCCCCAGACAAGCCAGCAAUCCACAGCAUCUAUGAGCCCAAAACCGGCACGUGGCAGUAUAUCGUGGCAGACCCAUCAACCAGCGCGGCAGCCAUUAUCGACCCAGUCCUAGACUACGACCCAGCGACGCACGAAAUCAGCACCAACACCGCGGAUGCAUUGCUCACCUUGAUCAAAAAAGAAGGGUACACCGUCGUCGUGAUACUGGAGACGCACGCCCAUGCCGACCACCUCACCGCAGCAUCGUACCUCCAGGCCCGUCUUACCCAGGAACAGGCGCAGACCCCGCCAAUCGGCAUCGGCGCCGACAUCACCAAAGUGCAGCAGGUCUUCGGUCAGAAAUACGGGAUCCCAGCAGACGAGUACAGCGGCGUCUUCGGACGGUUGUUCCGUGACAACGAGGUCUUCGCCAUUGGGUCCCUGAGUGCCGUAGCGAUCCAUCUCCCGGGACACACACCAGAUCAUAUGGGGUACCGGAUUGGAGACAACGUCUUCGCGGGCGACUCCAUCUUCCACACCGACCUGGGCACCGCACGCACCGACUUCCCCGGCGGCGACGCGGCGAGCCUCUUCCGCUCUGCGCGGCGCCUCUUGUCCUUGCCCGAGCAUGUCCGCAUCUGGGUUGGGCAUGACUAUCCGUCGGAAAUGCGGGCGACACCGGUCUCUAGCGUGAGUGUGGGCGAGCACAGGCAGGAGAACAAGCACGUUAAGCUGGAUGUUGCGGAGGAGGAAUUCGUGAAGAUGAGGAACUGUCGCGAUGAGGGGUUGCCGCCGCCGAAGCUGAUCCAUCCGGCGCUGCAGGUGAACGUGAGGGCGGGGAAAGUGCCGCCGAUGCUGAAGGUUCCGGUGGAGAGGAAUGGGGUGGAGUGGUAG